AUCUAUCUCUCCCUCUCUCUAUCAAUUGUUGAAUGCUGAUCUAGCCCCGCAGUUCUUGCUCAUCUUCUCCUCUAGCUUUAUCCUCCAUUCAAACCAACACAAAACACACAUCGACAAUUCAAAGAGAAAACUCAUUCUCUUAAUCCACUCCAACAUUUCCGGAUUCAAUCUCCUCUCUGUUUUGGAUAAGAUUAGAGUGAAAAUCUCUCACAAAAUCUCUACGUGCCAGGAAACCAACGUCAGGUUUUUUUAUAGUCUUCACUCCUUCAGGCAUAGUGGGCAGGUUUUUUGGUACACCCGAAUCAACAGUGUUUCGAAAAAGGUAUUAGCAAGGGAAAUACUGGUUGAUCUGUAUAUGGACAAUCGGAAGGAAAUAGAAGGAAAGCAAGCUCAUGAUCCUAUGUUCAACAGCAAGAAGCCCUCUUCACGUUGUUUAUAUGUUCGGGGGCCGGUGAUCGUGGGGGCGGGGCCGUCGGGGCUGGCCGUGGCGGCGUGUUUGAAAGAAAAAGGUGUGCCAAGUGUAGUACUAGAGAGAUCUAAUUGCAUAGCAUCUUUGUGGCAGCUGAAGACGUACGAUCGACUUCACCUUCACUUGCCUAAGCAAUUUUGUGAGCUUCCUCUCAUGGGGUUCCCUAAUGAUUUCCCAACAUACCCUACAAAGGAACAAUUCAUUAAUUACUUACAAGAUUAUGCUACAAGAUUUGAUAUUAGGCCAACGUUCAAUGUGACCGUGUCCAGUGCGGAAUUCGAUAGGACGCUGGGGCUCUGGCGCGUGAGGAGUGUGGGGGUAAAAGGGGAGGAGGAACUCGAGUACUUGUGCCGAUGGUUGGUGGUGGCGACGGGGGAGAAUGCGGAGGCGGUGGUGCCGGAGAUUGAGGGAAUGAAGGAGUUUGGAGGGGAUAUAAAGCACACAAGUUUGUAUAAAAAUGGAAAAGAGUUUAGAGGGAAAAAGGUUUUGGUUGUUGGUUGUGGGAAUUCAGGAAUGGAGGUUUGCUUGGAUCUUUGCAAUCAUAAUGCUAGUCCUUCGCUUGUGGUUAGAGAUACGGUGCACGUCCUACCACGAGAGAUGCUAGGAAAAUCAACUUUCUGGCUGUCCAUGUGGUUGCUAAAGUGGCUCCCCAUGAGACUUGUCGAUGGGUUCCUGCUGAUAGUGUCAUGGCUCAUACUCGGUGACACGGCUCGCUUUGGAUUGGACCGACCUCGCUUGGGUCCCCUUACUCUAAAAAACUUGUCCGGAAAGACCCCUGUUUUAGAUGUCGGUACACUUGCCAAGAUCAAAUCUGGAGACGUCAAGAUAUGUCCAGGGGUUAAGCGAUUAAAACAUCAGGCAGUGGAGUUCGUUGAUGGGAGAAGAGAGAAUUUUCAUGCCAUUAUCUUGGCGACAGGUUACAAAAGCAAUGUACCAUAUUGGCUAAAGGAAAAAGAGAUGUUCUCGGAGCGAGAUGGGUUGCCAAGGAAGCCAUUUCCUCAUGGUUGGAAAGGGGAGUAUGGGCUGUACGCGGUGGGGUUCACUAAACGUGGACUGUUAGGUGCAUCCAUGGACGCUAAGCGAAUAGCGCAAGACGUCGAACGCUGUUGGCAACCUGCGGCAAAGCAUCCUAUGUUGCCCCAAACUUCACUGUGACUAGAGCUACUAGUUCAAUUAUAUAUUCAUGAUCAUUGAUUCUUUUUAAUUUCAUUCUAGCUAGCUUGAUGAGUUAGAUCGAUCGAGAGAGAGAGAGACUAAUUAGGAUCAUUGGAGGGUUUUGAUAAUAACCAAACUUGUUGGUGCUCCUCCAAUUGAUCAUGAAAGACAAGAAGGGGGAGAGUAGUAAUAUCAGAGAACCCUCCUUUCUAUUGACACCAAUAACUACUUAGCUAAUUAAGCUGACUAUGUCUUGGGGGGCUGGCUGUGUUUUGGGUGAUGCGCAAGGGGAUCUCACCAGUAGCUAUUUGUACAUGUUGUAUAUUACUUACUUGUAGUGAUUUUUUUUGCAGUGAAGGUCUAAACACCAUGAGAGAGGGAAGAGGAAGUGUUUGAUAUUUGGAUUUUAUAAAAAGUGAGAGUGAUUGUGUUUGAUCCAAUUUUAGGGUUUUUUUGGUUGGAGGGUUGUGUUUCAAAUCUUUCAAUUCUAAUCAAUGAAAUUCUUACAGAUUUUUUUAUU